AUGCUUGCUAAUAAUCCGGUAGUUAAUUUUGAAUCAUCAACAUUAAAAGAAAAAAUAGAAAGUGAUAUAAAUAAUAGCUUGACAUCAAAUAUUAUUGAAGAAAUUGGAAAAUCACCAUAUACAUAUAAUUUGGGGUACGAACAAUUCAUUAAAAAUUUAUAUGUUACCAUAAUACAUUCGAUGGUUUGUGACGCUGAUUUAAUAACUAAUCGUAUUAAAUUUAGUGUUGUUGAUAUACCAUUAAUCGAGCCGAUUAUUUUAGUUGAGGAUGACGAGAGUCAAUUAUUACACGUACUAUCGCGCUCGUUGAUGCGUCGUAUUUUUCAUCACAAAGGUAAUUUGAAAAUAAUUAGCAGUGAUAUGGUAUCAACAACGUCUUUAGUUAAUGAUAAUAAUAAUAAUAACAAUAAUGAUAAAAAUUUGUCACAUUUUUCACCAACAAAAAUGUUAAAAUUGAAAGAUGAUAAAAAUUACCGUGAACUAAACGAAGAUUCAAUUUAUUUAUCAAGUAUUAUUCAGGAAAAAUUAUUAUUGUGUUAUGUAACUGUCGAGCAUGCUGCUAUGCAUUACUGCCAAUAUAUAUUAAAUGGCGAUAAUCCAGAUUAUGAGCAUAAUUUAUUAGAAGACAUUAAAGUUAAACGUUCGAAGCAUAUUUUCCUACAUGAAUUAAUCACUACAAAGGAAAGUCGUGCAAUUGAUAGAUAUUUAGGUAAAUAGAUAUCUAUUAAUCAUUCGAAAUUAAAUGAUUAAAUUUACAUGAAUUACUCACCAAUUUAUGAGUCAAUUAUAAAAAAAAAAAUUUUUUU